UAGAUCACGUGCCUGAUACUCCUCUGAACGAGGUAGAGGUAUUUACUCAAGUAAUCGAUCUAAGUGACACUGAGGAGUGUGGAAAGGUCACAAACAUGGAAGCAGUCAAGGACUUUGCGUCAAUUACAUCCAAAAUUAAACGGGGUCCAUCACUAUCUCUCAAUAAGUCGUCUUCUAUUCCAUUUGGGAAAGCGCGAGCAGGAAAAGCUCUGCAAACCAUCGGCUCAGAUGCCGAGGUGCCAGUGAGCAAUGUUCCUGAGCCAAAAAAGAAAAAAUCACUGCAAGAAGUGAAGGAGUGCAUGAAGACAAACUUUGGUGCCAGCACCAGCAAAGAAUCACCAAAAAAAAUGGGAAACAGGCCAACCUCAAGCACGCCCAAAGUAUCCCUAAAUGUGGCUGGGAAAGAGGAUCCUCAAUUGGCAUCCCCGUCCAAAAAGGAUAAAAGGGUUCUUUCAUCUGACGAGGAGGAGGAAUUUGUAGAUAAUGACGAGCUGGUUGUAAAUUUCAGACCAUUCGUUGAACAUGAAAAAAAGCUGGAGGCAGCCAAACAGUUACCCCGAAAAAAAGUCAAGAAGGAUUUAAUUUGGGAAAUGUAUGAUGAUCUCGAAAGGCAGAACGUGCAGCUGAAGAGUGAAGUAAGGAAGCUAAAGACAAUGCUGAAGAAGCGGAAUGGUGGAAAAGUAUUAAGUGAGGAUGAGAGUGACUAAUAUGGUUGUGGCACUUCAAUCUGUAACCACUUUGUCUUACAAUCAUGUGAUGUACAAUGUAAAAUUUUGAAAGGGGUAAUUUUAUAAGUGCGAGUGAAUUUGUAAAUCUGUAGUCCCUUGAUUCUUAAACUAUAGUUUGUUUUAAAUAAUUUGACACAUAGUUUUGAAAUUUAGAAAUAGAAGUGCUGAUUGUUUUGUACAAGUGUAUUUUUGUAAAUGUGUAUUACUCCUGUAAGUGUUUUUUUAAAAUGUUUGUCCUAACAUAUAAAUAUAUAUGUUAUAUUA